AUGUGGGUUAGUUCAUACGGCACUGAACACGCUAAAGAGUCUGAUUUAGUCCUUGAAGGCAUUUUACAUUAUGUCCUUAGCCACACCCUGGUGAAUGAGCCCCCGGGCAUGGAGUCAAAAAGGCUUCCGGCCCUUUUUGGCCCCAAUGAAAGGAAAGCCCGGCGGACAAAUGGGGGAUUUUCGGACCCCCGGAUUUUUAAGGUUAAUUGUCCCCUCUUGUUCCGAGAGGAGGCUAUCCGCUCCCUCUUGGCAUCAUGCAGGGAAUCCAUGAAAGGAGAGCCCGGACGGACAACUGCAGGAGUGAUCCCUCUGGACCCCCUUGCAGUCGAGACGCAAAUCAUCACCCAUCAGCAUCCAGCUCUAAGCAUCUCCGUGAAGCUCUCCAACAUGGCACUAACGGGGCUGUCUGAGUUUGUCAUUGAAGAGGUGAAAGUGAAUGUACAGCUCUUGACCAUAACUGUGAGCCUCGCAUAUGAUACGCUGCUACUCGAUGGGGAGUAUGAGCUUCAGGGGAAGUUGGUUAAAGUCAUCCCUAUCUCGGCUAGAGGGCCAUUCACAGUCACAACCAACAAUGCUAAGGUCACACUUCGAGCCAAGUUAAAGGAAUGCCGCGGACGACUAGAAGUAAGGGAUCUGACAAGUGACUUGGUUUUGGAAGGUGUAAGAUGUCGUCUUGCCCAGAUGACAGGCGGUGCCUUGGUUAGUAAGGUUUUGAACUCAUUACUAACAGAUUUACUCAGACGGGAGAGACCUCGCUUGGCACACGAACUAAGUGCUGCACUCAAAACCUUGUUGAACAAUGAGCUCAAAAACUUCAACCUUGGUGUAUCCCUCCAACUUCUGCAAACUAGCGACAGACUCAUGCGUAGAGGUUCACUUUACUAACCUUUGCUUGUGUGCACACCCAAAAAAGUCAUGUAAAAUAAAAAAAGAACCAUUUAUUUUAAAGCAUUCAUGAGAUAAGUUAGUAAGGUGUUUUUACCUCUACAAAGUAUUUUUCUGGCAAAGGUAAUUUUCAAGUAAACAUUCUAAGACAUUCUUAAGUAGAGGGAGAAAAUAUCAUAGUAAUUAAAAUGAUAUUGUCUUAUAUUUGAGUCUAAAGAUAUAUUGCCAAUAUGUAUCUAUAUGGUACAAAUCUCUUUGCUUCAUAAAGUAUUUAUAAGCUCAGGUUUUGAUUGUUAGAAAAUUGUGUACAUUUAAAGAAGAAGAUUAUUUGACUGACUGAGUGAAAUUACUGCAUGUUGGGAAAAAAAAGGAAAAAACAUAGUUUAGACUUUAGCAAAAUGUUUAAGAGUGGAACCUAUUUCUAAAAUUACCACUAGUAGUGUUGAUCCUCAGAAGAAACUUCAAGAUAUAAAAAUCAUUGUGCCAAUUUCUAUCAUCAGCUCUCAAGCUGUUUAUGAGGCACUAAAAUAGCUGUUUUUAGUUAGUAUGUUUAAGAAAAAGGUAAAGUGAAAGAGUUGUUGCACUCUUAAUUCCCAUAUCUGUUGCUACCAGAGCUCAAAGGCAAGCAUUUGAAAAAGAGAAUGUGUCCUUGAUUUUCACUUACCAUAUUUCAAAGCUUUAUUAUUAUUAUGAAGUUCAGAGGAAUUUGACAAUUCGUAUUGUAUGAUGUUCUGAUACGGUGAAGCAUGGAUACUCCACUGGUUUGGCUGUAUGGCAUUUUACCAAAGAUUCGUUUUAGAUAAUCUUUUAAUUUAAUGUGAUAGGGGAUAGUUAUCGGUUUUGUAGUUAAAAGGAAAUACAUUUUAAUACUGAAUUUUAAGUGGGUAUACGUGAUUUAUGUGAGAACUGUAUUUGCAUGUUAAAAGUAUAUGAUCAAGUGGUUAUCAUUUUAUGUAUCCAAAAAAUGAUACUCUAUCUAUGUUUUAUGUAUUUUGCAGAGUAAUUUUAUUAAAUUUUAAUCGUUACUAGGGGGAAAUUCCUAUUGUUUUAUCUAGAAAUAAUUUUUUUUUCUUGGCUUAUGUGGGGAAGACAAAGAUAAAUAGUUUAAAUACUUUUCUUUAAUUAAGGAAUAAACAUAGAAUGCCAAAAGGUUCAUUUUGAACAUACUUGCUAUGUGAAGACCAUUUCUCUGCUUUUCCUUUUUCUUUUACUUCAUUAUUCACUAAAGUAUGAAUUUGGAAAGACAAAGGAAAGUAUGAUUCACUACGAAGGAAUGGUUUGAGUGUAUCAGUGAGAUUAGUGUUUUAGCUGAAUGUUUUGGAGAUUUUAAAUGUAAUGCGCAUUGCCAGAUGGAGAAACUGUAUGACCCAUUUUCGGGGAAUAAAAUUUGGAAGCAAUGCAAGCAGCGCCACCAAACAUGACAGGGUAAGGUAGCGAUCCUGACAAUCUCUUGACUUCACUAGUGUUAUGGUGAUUAUGAUAUUCCCGUUUCCUGUCUCAAUAUCAUUAAUGUUUUAUACAUAUUAUCACGGUGGAACUGCAUCCAGAUAGGGGGUCUUUCAUAUUUUCAAAUAAUUGCAUGCGUUUGUUGAGCAGUAAAGGGAUGCUUUGGAUAUUAUGAUGUAACUUUAUCCAGGUGGAAAUUCAGAUCACAGAUGUACCACUUCUGUAAUCUGUAUGUGGAAGUGCAUGUCCAUAUAUGUACAAGAUUAGUGUGUGUGAAGGACCAUUUCAUUUUUUGCAGUGGUUAUUGUCAUGGUAUUUCUAUAUUAUCAGCAUUAAUGCAUACAUGAAAGUCAGUGCUAGUUAUCUGACUUGGAUCUGAU